AUGGAGGACAUCCAGGAAGAGAUAUCCUGGUUUUAUUUCAGUGUGCGCGGUGGGGCCCCAGGGAAACUUCUCAAAAUUAACAUAAUGAAUAUGAACAAACAGAGUAAACUCUAUUCCCAGGGUAUGGCCCCAUUUGUCCGAACUGUGCCCAUCCGGUCUCGCUGGGAGCGUAUCAGAGAGAGGCCAACGUUUGAGAUGAUAGAAAACCAGUUUGUUUUGUCUUUUGUCCAUCGGUUUCUGGAGUGUCGAGGUGCCACUACCUACUUCGCAUUCUGCUUUCCCUUCUCAUAUGAGGAAAGUCAGGAGAUGCUGGCCGGGCUGGAUGACCGCUUUACUGAUGCAGACACAUGGGUCCUGGCAGAGACAAAAGCUCAAGCACAAAACCCAGAGAGAACACAGGCUAUAGACAGAUACAUAGGCACAAUUAAUUUACCGAAACUAGACAAUGAGGAUGCCAGCAAAUUAGACACCCCAAUAACACAUGAGGAACUAAAAAAGGCAAUUACAGACCUGUCAAAUGGCAAAGCCCAGGGCCGGAUGGUUUGA